AAAGGGGAACUCCAACACAAGAUCUGCAUGAAGUGAUGUCAAAGGGGCGGUUCAGUCAGGAUUACAGGCCAAGGAGGCUGAUGGCUGCAGCUUUUACCAGCUGUGCAGUCAGUGCUCUGCAAUUUCCAGGACAUCAGUUUCUUUCGUUGUUAUAUCAUGACCAAGCAGAAGGCACUUAGCAAGUAAACUCUACAAUGGACUAUACUGGGCAAAGGAAAAACUGUGUAAAAUUACUGUUUACUUCUGUGCUCUUUAACAUCGUAUGUUCUCAUGAACUUGGGUCAGGGGGUGCAGUGAACACGAGCAUCGAGAAGCGGUUUGCAGAUCCCGUUCUCGAGCCGCUUCCUUCCUGGCCUUAUGCAGCUGGUAAUGGUGUGCCUAAGCACGGCACAGCCAGCUUACACUCUCAUAACAGAUGGCCAACACAGAUAGCUUUCUCCAAGGCUGUUUAUUCAUUUCAAGUGAAAGAAGACACAAUAGCAGGAACAGUUGUGGGAAAAGUGGAAUCUGUGUUGGAUAGUCUCACGCCUAUCAUGUACUCAGUGCAAGAGGAUGAUGGGGAGAACCUGUUCCUCCUUAGCCCACUCUCUGGGGAGUUCCUAUUGUCCCGCAGCCUGGAUUUUGAAACACAGCAGUUCUUCAUUCUCACAGUGGCUGUGCAGCAAGGGGACUGGCAGGUAUCCAGUGUCAGGGUCUAUUUUAACGUGCUGGAUGUGAAUGAUAAUGCCCCUGUUUUCAGGCCGGGAACCUUUUCUGCUUCACUGUCAGAGGACACAAAGGCUGGAACUUGCUUUCUUCACCUGAACGUUUCUGAUGAAGAUGAUGGUGAUAAUGGAGACUUGAACCUGAGAGUGGCUGGUGGAGAUGAAGGGCAAUUGUUCUUUAUAAACCCAACUCAUUACUUAUGCCUGAAGACAGAGUUAGACAGAGAGAAGAACUCUUCCUACAGACUGACUGUGGCAGCCAAUGACCAUGCACAGCCUAUGAAUUUACAGCUCACCAGCACUGCAUAUGUUGACAUUCAGGUCAACGAUGUCAAUGACAAUACUCCGGUGUUUUUAUCAGCCAAAAGUGUGAGUGUACCAGAGGAUGCUCCCCUUUAUUUUUUGGUGAUGACCAUUCAUGCUGAAGAUGCAGACUUUGGAACCAAUGGGGAAGUUAUUUAUUAUUUAAGCAACACUUUGGGUGGUAUGUUCAAUAUCAGUGAUGACAGCGGACGACUGUACCUGCAGGAGACAUUAGACAGAGAGCAGGUCGAUCACCUGACUAUUACAGUAAUAGCUGCUGAUAAAGGUUCACCCCGAUUUUCAACCACUAUGACUCUCACAGUGCACAUCGAGGAUGCAAAUGACCAUGACCCUGAGUUCUUACAGAGCAACUACAACCUGACAGUCCCAGAGGACACUCCCAAAGGAACAAGCCUGUUUCAGGUUGAGGCCCAUGAUCAAGAUAUCGGGCUGAAUGGACAAGUGCGCUACUCGUUGUCCCUGAUGAGCCCCUUUGUGGUGGACAGAGUUCGAGGCAUUGUCAUAGUGAUGGAUAAACUGGACAGAGAAAGGGAAUCCAACUACACUUUCUUUGUAACAGCAGAAGAUCGGGGAAACAUCUCCAGAUCUGGAACUGCUGUUGUUACUGUGACCGUGUUGGACAUCAAUGACUGUGCACCCAUGUUUUCUCCAGAGACACUGAUUAUACAUGUCAUGGAGGAUGAGGUGGAUGUCUCUCUGCUGACACAUCAGGUUUUAGCUUUAGAUGAUGACACGGGUGUCAACAGUCAGCUAACCUAUGUGAUUCAGGCUGAAGAUGGAGACGGCUUGUUCACCCUCACCCCCACUGGCAUUUUUCAAAUUUUAAACCACCUGGACAGAGAGAAAGAGUCAUUGUACAUCAUCAGUAUCAUUGCUGUUGAUUCUGGAUUGCCCCCUUUAACAGGGACUCUAACCAUGCACAUCAUUGUGGAUGACAUUAACGACAACCAUCCGGUGUUUGCUGAGGAUGUUUACAACACCAUUGUGUCUGAGGACAGCCCCACAGGCACGGUGUUUGCCAUGAUAACAGCAUCAGACAUUGAUGAGGGGGUCAAUGGAGAUAUACGGUAUUUCAUGGAGAACCUUGAUGUGCCUUUCUCCAUUGAGGAAAUGUCUGGAGAGUUGUUUACGACUGAUGUCCUGGACAGGGAGACUGAAGCCAUUUACAGGUUGACAGUGAUCGGCAGUGAUAAACAUCCUACUCAUCCUCUAUCCAGCUCAGUGCUCAUCAUUGUUCUCAUUGGAGAUGUUAACGACAACUGGCCUCAGUUUCUUAAUAGCCCUUAUGUGGCUUAUGUGCCAACUGAGAUGGCUGCAGGCUCAGUUGUUUGUGCAGUGACGGCAGUGGACACAGACACUGAGAUGAAUGCAGAACUUCAGUAUUCGUUAUACGGACAACAGUCAGAUCAUUUUUCCAUUGAUCCAUACACUGGGACUGUGUUCACUUCAAAGGAUCUCAGGAGAACAGAGGACAUCAUUAUCAACUUGCAUGUGGAAGACACUGGAGAAAAUUCCAAAUUGGACAACACCACAAUAAGGAUCAGGUUUCAGAAUUUGACUGACUUUCCGAAGCUACAUGUGGACAUUUUCAAGGAUUCCCUUCCUGAGGAUGAGCCGGUUGGAACUUUAGUCGCUGUCAUCUCUGGCGCAAGUGUUAGAGCUGAACCAGUGUUGUUUUACCUUGCCUCUGGAAACUCCGAAGAGACGUUUCAUAUGGAUCACUUCAGCGGAGCCUUGACGGUGGAGAAUCCUCUGGAUUUCGAGAACAAAAAGGACUUCAGCUUAUUGAUUGAAGCGAGAGACUCUGGCUCACCUCCUUAUUCAUCAUUUACAGAAAUUCACAUAAACAUCAGCGAUGUAAAUGAUAACAUCCCACAUUUUACCCAGGCUGAAUACAGAUGUGAAGUUUUUGAGAACACCGCACCCACAUGGGUUUGUGACGUUCUUGCCAUUGAUGCAGACUCUGGAAGUUAUGGUGCAGUGGAGUACAACAUAACAGAAGGAAACAGUGGUAUGAUUUUUACAAUUGACCGUGAAAAUGGCAUGUUGAGCACUACUGUAAGUUUAGAUCGGGAGAAUAUCUCUGAAUUCAAUCUAACAAUCCAAGCUGCAGAAUUUCACAAUCUUCUUCAUAGCACCACGGCAAACGUCAUCAUCGUUGUUAUUGAUCGAAAUGACAAUGCGCCUCGCUUUUCACAGAUUUUUCUUACAGAAAUAUCAGAGGAUGCUCCUAUUGGACAUACAGUUAUACAAGUCACCUGCAGUGAUGACGAUAGUGGUGCCAAUGCAGUUAUUCAUUACUCCAUAAAUGACCAAAAUGACAUGCCGUUUAAUAUCCAUAUUACUACUGGUCACAUAACUGUUGCAAGACAUCUGGACAGGGAGAAGAAGGAUCGUUAUGUUGUGAAGGUAACUGCAAAUGAUUCAGCGUGGAGCAUCCUAACAGACGUCACUAUAGUGAUUGCAGAUGUUAACGAUAACAAACCGCUCUUUUUGUACCAUUUUUAUAGUGUUAUCCUUGCUGAAACAGAAGUUGAAGAGGUGUUUGUUGUUCAGGUUCUUGCUACAGAUGCAGAUAUAGGACAAAACAGCCACAUUUUGUAUGUUAUUGAACCACCAAAUGAGGAGUUUUGGGUGAAUGCCUUCUCUGGUGAAAUUUUUACAAGUCAGAUAUUGCCUUUACAUACUUCAGACAUGUAUUAUUUUACAGUUACUGCAUCUGAUUGUGGCAGUGUUCCCUUGUACAGUAAUGUCACCGUCACAGUGAGAUUAGAGCCACGUAACUACUACCCACCAGUGUUUCUGCUUUUCCAGCCACACAUUGCUAUCCCGUAUCACAUGGCUGUAGGAACUGAGGUGGUACAGUGUACAGCUGUAGAUCCAGAUUAUCAUAACAGCAGCGCUGAUAUUGUGUAUGCUUUGAAUGGUGGUAAUGCAUCUGAAUUCUUUCAGAUCCAGGCUGACAAUGGCAAAGUAAUGCUGAAUCAAAGUUUAACUGAGAGCAUUCAUUUAUUUCUUAUUUUGUUUGUGACAGCACAGGAUCAGGGCCACCCCUCUUUGUUAUCACAGACUGAAAUUACUUUUGAAAUUACUGGAAGGAAUCAGUUUUCUCCAAGCUUUACACAGCCAGAUGCCACUUUCAGUGUCCCAGAAGACUUGGCAGUAGGUUCUGUAAUUGGGAGGAUUCUCGCCGAAGAUCGGGAUUAUGGUCCCAAUGGUGUUGUUUUGUACUAUAUAAUUCCAGAUAAUUUACAUUUACCAUUCUCCAUAAGAAAAGACUCUGGAUUGUUAACGUUAAUCCAAGCACUUGACUUUGAAAAAGAAGGCUUUUAUAAUUUCCAAGUCAAAGCCAUGGAUGGAGGGUGGCUGUCUAAAACAGGUGUGUUAAACGUUACUGUGACCAUUAUGGAUGUGAAUGACAAUCCUCCAGUGUUUUCAGCCUCAGAGUAUGUCACCUCAGUGCCUGAAAACUCUGAAAUUGGAACUAGUGUUCUCGAUAUUAAGGCUUCUGAUGCUGACUCAGGUGCAAACAGCCAAAUUACUUAUUCUCUCAUCGCUGGCCAAGUGGAUAAGUUUGUAAUUGACUCAAGAAAUGGCACACUUACCAUUUUGGAUGUUUUUGAUUAUGAGCAAGUGCAGAUUUUUGAUGUAACAGUCAAAGCAUCAAACAACAUCGGUCAGCCUUUGUUUAGUCUGGCACAUGUUAUCAUCCAAAUCGCUGAUGUCAAUGAAUUUACACCGAAAUUCAAGAAAAAACUAUUUCACUUUUCAGUUUUGAAAAAUGUACCUAUUGGAGCUACAGUUGGAAAAGUAACAGCCACAGAUGAUGACCAAGGCACAGAGGGCCAGGUGUUUUACCUGAUGUUUGGCCAGAACAAAUUCAUGGGUUUUGAAAUUAUGAAAUAUUCUGGAGAAAUAUACACAACUCGUAGUUUGAGGAAACAAGGAAACAGCCAUGUUGUUUUAAAAGUUCUGGCAAAAAACCCAGGUGUUAUUAUAGGGUGGAAUGUGGAUGAGGUGUCUGUCCGAAUCAGUGUGAUUGACACAAAUGAUGCACCCGUGUUCGCUUCCCUGCUUUAUCACACUAAUGUCAGGGAAGAUGGCACAGUUGGGACAUCUGUGAUGGCAGUGAGUGCUGUGGAUCAUGAUUCAGUCAUGGAAUGGAACCGCUUCUUCUUCAGCAUUGAAAGAGGAAACACAAACCUCUCGUUUGCCAUUAAUCCAUCCAGCGGAGUUAUUUCAGUAAACGCUCCACUUGAUCGAGAACAGUGGUCAUUUUAUAAUCUGACUGUUACAGCCACUGAUAAUGGCUAUCCACCGGCCACCGGUACCACAAAUGUGAUUGUGACUAUUGGAGACAUCAAUGACAAUGCCCCCAAACUCACUCUGACUGAGGCUGAAGUAAAGGAAAAUCAACCUCAAGGCACCAUAGUGACCAGGUUAAAUGCAUCUGAUUCUGAUUUGCCUCCAAACCAGGAACCUUUUACCUACUGGUUACUAAAUUCUUCAACAGAGAAUGGUUUUUCUUUGACUUCGGAAGGAGCUUUAAUUACAACAAUGCCUGCUGAUCGGGAACAAGUCUCUGCCUAUCGGAUGCUGGUGGUUGUUAGGGAUGCAGGAAUUCCUCCACUCUCAUCAACAACAGUUUUCCACAUCAGGAUUGCAGAUGAAAACGAUAAUCCAUCAUUGCCUAGAAACAUCUUUAUUGAGGUGAAAUAUUUCGGCAGCUCUUUCCAAGGAGGCAUGAUUGGUAAUGUUCAUCCUGAAGAUCCAGAUGAGUCAGACACGUUUCAUUGUGGAAUCAUAAGCAGACCACUUCAUAUGUUCUCUGUACCUAACCACACAUGUGAACUGUGGUCAGCUCCUUUUCAAGGUGAGGCCACAUACAACAUCACUAUUGAAGCGACAGACCAAAUGCACUUCCCAGUUAAUAACAGUAUCUACAUAAACUACAAAGGCUUUACAAAUGCAUCUGUGGACAGCUGUAUACUCUUCUAUGUGUCAUCAUCUUCAAUGGAAGACUUUUUGGAGCACAAAUAUUUAAAAUUUGUUAAAGCGCUGGACAGUCUCUUUAACAUGCAGGCCUCUAAGACACAUGUAUUUGGAAUCAAGCACAUUGGCACUGAAAUCCUCUUACUGGCUGCCGUCAAAAAUUACAAUGGUCAGUACCUCAGCAGCGAGGUAGCGAGUGGCAUUUCUGCAGGCCAUAAGAAAUUACUGGAGACUCAAAGCAAUGUUACAAUAUCUCAGAUUGCCAGUGAUCCGUGUCACACCAACCCCUGUCAGAGUGGUGCAACGUGCAAUAAGAACAUUUACAUCAGUCAGGACGUCACUGUCCUUGAAAGCAUGUCAGUCAUCUUUGUGUCACCACAGAAAGAGAUUUUUAAUUGUACAUGUCCAAAGGGCUUCACCGGGUCACUCUGUGAGGAAGACAUGAAUGAAUGUGAGAUGAAUCCCUGCCAUUACCAAGGUUCAUGUAUUAAUACUCCUGGAGGUUUCUACUGUAAUUGCCAGAAUGGGUUUUCUGGCUCUGUUUGCUCUAAUGUUGGAGAUGAUUGCCUGAAGAUUAAAUGCCAUAAUGGUGGAGCUUGUAUUCAGACUCAGGAUGGAUCUCAUUGCCACUGUGCUCCUGGAUUUGAAGGAGAAUUUUGUGAGAACAUAACUGACCACUGUAAAUCAACUCCCUGUGUCCAUGGCAGCUGUGUCAACUCAUACACGGGAUUCUCUUGCCAUUGCCCCUUUGGAGUCAGUGGAGUCCAUUGUAAGGAGGACAGUUAUGGCUUUGAGGAACUGUCCUUCAUGGAGUUUCCUCCAUUAGAUCGCAGGACUAAUUUAAUCUCUGUCGAGUUUGCCACAGUGCAGAGAAAUGGUCUGCUGCUCUACAAUGCAGGGGGAACAGUCAACAAGGAGUUCCUUGCUUUAGAGAUCCUGAAUGGAUCUGUGCACUUCUCUUAUGACUUGGGAUCAGGCCCUGUGAAGCUGCAGACAAACAAACAAGUCACAGAUGGAAUUUUCCACAACAUCACUGCCAGGAGAAUCGGCAAUAUGGGCUCUCUGCAUGUGGACAACUGCACAGAUGAUGAAAAUGAUGGACUUUGCUUUUCACAGGGUGAUGGUAGCAGCUCAGAGAGGACACUAGAUGUCGGCAGCAGUAACAUGACAUUUGGAGGCUUGAGAACUAUUGACUCUAUUUUAAAAUAUCCUCCUCUGAUACGCACCCAUAAUUUUGUUGGAUGUGUGCGAAAAAUCAAUGUGAAUGGUGUCUUGUUGAGACCUUCAGAAGCUAUUACAAAGUAUAACGUUCAUGAUCGCUGUUCUCGUGCAAACAUGUCACCAUGUCACAGCAUCCCAUGUAAGAAUGGUGGCAUAUGCCACGACCUUUGGUUUAAUUAUCGUUGUGAGUGCAAAAGCCCAUUUGCUGGAAUCAACUGUGACAAAGAAAUGUCUGAAGAGCUUGUACUGCGAUUUAAUGAGAAUGAUUACAUUGAAUAUGUAAUUAAAGAGCGGUUCAGGAGAGAUUAUGGGCUGCAACGGCUUAUAGAAGAUGGAAAUAUACAAAAAGAAAACCAAGACUUGAAGGCAAUUAAUAUCAAGUUCAAAACAGAAGAAGACGGCGUGUUACUGUUUUUUCUCGGACAUAAAGGACACAUGCUGCUGGAGAUAAAAGACAAAAAGCCUGUGUACGUUUUUAAAGAUAUUAUGUCAGGAGAUGACUCAAAGUUGAUGGUGGACUCUUCGGUGGCUGAUGGGACCUGGCAUGUCCUAUCCUUGUUCAGCAAAGGACAAAAGACUUUUCUCCAUUUAGAUGGAAAACUGGUGGUAAAUGCCUCUGACAGAAGUAUUGAUCUGACUCCUGUUAAUGUGGAAAAGAUUGUUCUUGGUGCACCUCCACUACUAGAGUCAAAACUCCAGAAGACAGGCCUCAGUGGAUGUGUGCAGUACUUCAAUGUGACAGGCUACACCCUGCCUGUGAGUGGACACAAUGAGAUGGUGGAGGUAUGGCCAAGCUUGACUCUCCUUCAGUCAAGCUGCAGGUCUCCAGGUGUCUGCCUCCCCUGGCUCUGCUCUCAGACAAACACACCAAAGAGCCCGUGUUUUUCUUCACACUGUCAGAACUGGCCGAGCUGCGGACCUGCCCUGCAGAAUGCAUCAUGCAUCUGUUUCCACAAUGUCUCUAACCAGCCCUGUGACAUCUGUGUCUCCAGAGCACAGAGCUCUGACCAAUGCCGCGAGGAGCAGGACAGUGUGUUGCUGUGGCUCGUAGCUAUCAUACUUCCUGUUUUGUGCCUCCUGGUUAUUACCGGACUGUUUGUCACCUUCAGAAGAGUGAGGAGACAGAAUGCAAGCUGUGAUGGUGCCAGUUUGCCACAGAAAGGGAGUGACAAUGCUGUGUUUUGCUUUGAUGACAGCAGAACAUCAACAGCUGCUGCAUGUGUGAAACAACAUGACCCAGCAGGUGUUGAUCAGCAAACAAGAAAUUUGGACUUGUACAGUAUUGCUGAUGCUAGUCUGUCUGGUGUUGAGCCGCUGACAAACAGUGAGCUGGAAUAUUAUGAAAUUGGUAGGGACUGCAGUACAUUUCAUUCAAACGCUGCCUCGCUAAAGUUCAGCUGGCACAAGCAUUUGUACAACGCAAAAUGUUUGAAAGGUGACCCUAAAAGAUGGAGUGAUUUGAAACUGUUAUUUUCAGAUCUUAAGAAAGCAUGUUUGAGUGAAGAAAGGACAGGAAAUCCAAGAGCUGCAUCCAUAAACAAGCAGUUAUUAAGCAAUAUUGACUCAAAGCCGCACUAUAUGAUGAGCUCCACAAAACCGCGGCUUCUGGAAAAACCUGCACAGUAUCUCACUUUUGAAGAAAUUAACAAAUUAAACACUCCUGCAAAGCAAACAACAUGCUGCAGCAGAUCAUCACCGAUGUCAGUUGUGCCCAACACAGUGAUGAACGUGGUACGUGACAGUGAAGCAGACGCCACGCUCACCAUCUUGGAAUCUGAAUGUGGACAGUUUUCUCGUGACCAAACUAUCACGUCAACAUGCAGCUUCACACAACAAAGCAUUUUGCCUGUCAGUUCAUUAACCUGCGACUCUGCUGAAGGUCAGCCUGGCCCCAAAAGCCCCAUCUCAUGCAGCUUUGAACAAUGGGAAAGUAUUUUAAAUAUGCGUCUACACUUUAGCACCUAUGCUCCAGUGUUUGAGGACAUUGCAUGUUUUCCCAUUGAAACAGUUUGUAACUGUGAUAUGCAGAGUGACAUAGAGGAAAUUAUUUGAUAAAUACAGUGGUGGGCACAGUUC